AUGGCACUCAAGGGUCCACUGAGCUGGGGGUCAGUGAUCUCAGUGAUGGUUGCAGUGGGGUAUUACUGGUGGAGCUCACAUGACCCAGCACCAGGGAAUAGCCAGGGUGAAGCACUCAAGAAGAUCCUCCAGAGUCUGCUGAAGAUAGAAGAGAAGAACCCAUUGGACCACACCCCCAGGGUUGCAGUGGGCUAUGGUGGCUGUCUGGAUGUGGUGGUGGAUGCCAGUGAUGUCUUCAACUUCACAGACAGAGACCCUGUGUGGUUGCCAAAGCACCAUGGUUCCAUCCAGUCUUGGAAGGAGCUGGAAGAGGUCUUCUUGUACUUUUUCCAACACGGAGCUGCUGGAGAGAGGUUUGUUGCCAAUAGUACCACUUGGCAGGAGGUCCUAAUGGCUGUGGAGAGGAUCAAGGGCAGGGAGACUAUUGGUGGGAAUGCCCCUGUCAUGGCUGCCAGGUUCAGGAAGGAGGGUUGCCAAGUGCUGUUGGGAGCAGAGUUAUCAGCCAAACUGAGAGCCAACUUUCCUGCAGAUGUGAAAAUCAGCUCUAGUGGGAGAGAAGAGGAUGAUGUCCAUCUCAUCAUAGAAUACCCCUUUGCAGACACCUGGGGGAAAUAUGUGGCACCAAGAGCAAAUAGGUUCAUAAUACAUAGUGAUAGACAGAAUCCAAAGGUUUCUGCACUGGAGCCCUUUCAUGCAGCCCUGGAAAGCUUUACUGCAGAUGUUUUCAUUGUCUCUGGGCUGCAGAUGAUGGACAACUUUCCAUUCCCUGAAGGUGAAAGAGUUGAGAGGAUAAUCAAAAUUAGGGAGCAGAUGAGGAACACGUCAGCUGGUACAAGAGUGCACUUCGAAAUGGCGUCCUUUACUGAUGAGAACCUGCUCAGGGAUUUGGCACAACAUAUUAUCCCUUAUGCUGAUUCCCUGGGAAUGAAUGAGCAGGAGUUGCCGAUUCUUUUUGCUGUGCUUGCCAAAGAAGACUUGGCAUUCGUUUCGGAUGCGUAUCCCAGAAUUGCCAAUACUCUAGACACCAUGAGGCAGGUGUUCGGUUUUUUGCAGGGAACGGAGGAAGUUGAAGGGCGCAGGAAGUUGACCAGGUUGCAUGUGCACACCUUGGCUUUCCAGGCCAUCAUGGUGUCCAAGGGGUCUGCCUGGAAAAACACAAUGGCUGCUACUGCAAAGGCCUCACUCACUGCCAACCGCCAUGUCUGUGGUUCAGAAGAGGUGGAUGUUGGCAAAGCCAAGUUGAUCAUGGAUGAGUCCUUUACCACUUCUGGGGAUGAGACUGGAUCCAAGGUGUACCUGGAUGAGGAGCAUCCAAUUGCCUGCUGGGAUGAAGGGGACCUGGAAAUUUGCAUUGCCCCAGUGCUGGUGUGCACUGAAGUGAGACAAACAGCUGGUGGAGGAGACAACAUUUCUGCUGGGGGUCUAGUCUUGCAAAUUUAAACCUUGUUUUUCCAGCCAUAUAGUCAACAUGUGAAAGUGUUUUUGUUCCCUUUUUCUUUUAGUGGUGAUUUCCUGCCCUCCAUUCCAACUGUUCCUUCCUCAACUUCUUUAUUAUGACAAAAACAUGUGAAAAAAUUUGAGAAAUUUUAUUUUGUACACUUGAAAACUUGAGUUAUGAUGGGGGGUACUGGCAUUGGUUUGAUGCUGAGGCUGUGGGCUUGUUCAUUUGCAUCUCCCUUCUGGUGUUCUCUCUAUAUUGCGUGAUACAUGAUUGAUUAGCUGGUGUACCAAAAUAUAUGGAGUGUAAUAAAUUCUUAGUUCCCCCCCCCUUGCAUCAGAAAA